AUCAUAAUGGGCGUUGCCUCCCCAAACUUCUCUGAAAGGUGUGGCGAGUUGGUCUCACUGUGAAAUUCCUCAGCUGACGUCGAUCCUGUCCUCUAAGUUUGAGACUUCUCUAAGACUACAGCCAUGUCUGUGUGGGAUGACUUGGACCUGCUCUUAGACUCCCCCUCUUCACUGACUGUGACAUCCAACACAAAAGGUACUGUGAAGGACAAGGCAAACUUUAAAGCAGAGGAGGAUGUGUCUGCGCUGAGGAAAGCCAUAGAGGGCAUUGGCACGACAGAAAAGACGCUGAUCGAGGUGUUGACCCAAAGAAGUAACGCUCAGCGUCAGCUCAUUGCUAAGGCCUAUGAGAAAGCCACAGGAAGGAAACUAGUAGAUGACCUGGAGGGCGACACUCACGGAGACUUUGAGGACUUGUUGGUGGCCUUGGUGACGCCUCCUGCCGUCUACGACUGUCAUGAAGUCAUCAAAGCCAUCAAAGGUGCAGGGACCACAGAGAGUACGCUGACAGAAAUAUUUGCCUCCAGAUCCAACAGGCAGAUCAAGGCCCUGUCUGAAGCUUACCUGGCAGAAACUGGAAAAUCGAUGAUUCAUGAUCUGCAGUCGGAGGUGUCUGGAGAUUAUGGCAAAGCACUGUUCAUCUUGGCUGAGGGCAAGAGGGACGAGAGCACCAAUGUGGAUGCCGCCAAAGCUAAAGCAGAUGCUAAGGCCCUGUAUGAAGCAGGAGAGAAGAAGUGGGGGACGGACGAGGCAAAGUUUAUCGACAUCCUCUGCCACAGGAGUAUCCCCCAGCUUCGACAGACUCUGGUAGAGUACAAGGCCAUUAGUAAGAAGACUCUGCAGGACAGCAUUGAGAGCGAGAUGUCUGGAAACCUGGAGAAGCUACUGGUGGCUGUUGUUAAGUGCGUGAAGAACGUUCCUGCAUACCUCGCUGAGAGGCUUUUCAAGAGCAUGAAGGGUCUGGGAACCACCGAGUCCACUUUGACCAGGAUAUUGGUCGGUCGCUCAGAGAUCGACCUGCUUGACAUCAGAACCGAGUACAAGAAGCUGUUUGGAUUUUCCCUCUACUCCCAGUUAGAGUCUGAAGUGUCGGGCAGUUACGGUAACGCCCUCAAGCAUCUAUGUGGCCAGGACGACUAACCCCUCCCUGCUGCUGGUAUGAAAAACAUGUGGUGUGAUGUGAAGCUUUGCCCCACGAGGACGAGGAUGACCAGCCGCUGACCUUAAAACAAGCAUCAUACUGAUAUGUUAGCUUGAACUUCCCGCACGAUAUCUGGAACUAACGCUCUAGAAACGCCUCUUAAUGUGGAAUCCCAGUGAUGUUCAACCAGACAUUGAUGUUUUAAACUGCAGACUGAAUGAUUAACACACAAGAAGAAGCCGUCAUUCAUGGAUAUGAAAAUGUUGUUGGAUGUCUUUUUGAAAAUAUUAAAUUGUUUGUAUUCCAUGAUAAGUGCAGUUCUUGUAUACUGUGACACAAACAGUCUGAAAGAUGCCAACAGUCACACAAUGACUAAUAAUGACAUACCUAUUGCAUUUUAAGAAAUAAAACAUUCUAUUAUU